GGUCUUCGUCUUCGUUUCCUGGCAUACAACUUCUAAAAUCCUUGCACUCUCCAACCUUGCCCUUCCAGGACACUGCUGUUCUCGAAGAGACAGACCAGGAAGAGAAGUAAAAAAUGACUGUUGAACUAGCGAAAGCCAUGUUCCAGGAUUUGGUGACAUUCAAGGAUGUGGCAAUAGACUUUUCCCAGGAGGAAUGGGAAUGGCUGAACCCUGCUCAGAGGCAUUUAUACAGGAAUAUGAUGUUGGAGAACUAUCGGAGCCUGGUAUCACUGGGACUUUGCGCUUCUAAGCCAUAUGUGAUCUCCUUAUUGGAGCAAGGGAAAGAGCCUUGGGAUAUGAAGAAUGAAAUGACGAGAGGCCCAUUCCCAGAUUGGGAAUCUAUAUAUGAGACACAAGAAUUAUUUCUGAAGCAGUUCAUGUAUGAUGAUGCACUAAUGGAGAGAAUUACAUGCUAUGGACUUGAGUGUUCCACUUUCAGAGAAAAUUGGAAAUAUGAAGAAUUUUAUGAGAGGCACAUGGUAAGUCAAGAGACAUUUAGCAGGCAAGGAACAAUCACUCAUAAAGCAACCCUCACUAAGGAAAUAGACUACAGAUAUACUAAAUCUGAGAAAUUAGUUCAUUUGGACAAUGUAGAAGAGAGUGUUUAUAAUCACAAGUCAGAUAAUGAAAACUCCAGAAAUUUCAUGGUAAUAAAACACAAGAAAGUAUGUGUAGGAAAGAAACUUUUUAAAUGUAAUGAAUGUGAGAAAACCUUCACCCAUAGCUCAUCUCGUACUGUUCAUCAGAGAAUUCAUACUGGUGAGAAACCUUAUGAAUGUGAGGAAUGUGGAAAAGCCUUCAAGCAGAGGCAACACCUUGCUCAACAUCACAAAAUACAUACCGGAGAGAAACUCUUUGAAUGUAAAGAAUGUAAGAAAUCCUUCAAGCAAAAUGUACACCUUAUUCAACAUCAAAGAAUUCAUACUGGAGAAAAACCAUAUAAAUGUAUGGAAUGUAGGAAAGCCUUCAGCCAGCCUGCACACCUUGCUCAGCAUCAGAGAAUUCAUACUGGAGAGAAACCCUAUGAAUGUAAGGAAUGUGGCAAAACUUUCAGUGAUAGCUCAUCCUGUGCUCGACAUCAGAGAUGUCACACUGACAAAAGACCCUAUGAAUGUAUUGAGUGUGGAAAAACCUUCAGGCAUAACCCAUCCCUUAUUCGUCACUGGAGGUAUUAUCAUACCAGAGAGAAACCUUUUGGUUGUAUCGAUUGUGGAAAAGCCUUCACUGAUCACAUAGGGCUUAUUCAGCAUAGGAGAAUUCAUACUGGAGAAAAACCCUACAAAUGUAACGUGUGCGGGAAGGCUUUUAGCCAGGGCUCAUCCCUGACUGUACAUCAGAGAAUUCACACUGGCGAGAAACCUUAUGAAUGUGAUGUUUGUGGGAAAGCAUUUAGCCAUCAUGCGUCACUCACUCAACAUCAAAGAGUACAUUCUGGGGAGAAACCUUACAAAUGUAAGAAAUGUGGGAAAGCCUUUAGGCAGAGUAUACACCUUGCUAGUCAUUUGAGAAUUCAUACUGGCGAAAAACCCUAUGAAUGUAAGGAAUGUGGAAAAGCUUUUAGCAUCAGUUCACAGCUGGCUACUCAUCAGAGAAUUCAUACUGGAGAAAAGCCUUAUGAAUGUGAAGAAUGUGGUAAAGCUUUCAAACAGAGGGCACACCUUGCCCAACAUCAGAAAAUUCAUACAGGAGAGAAACCUUAUGAGUGCAAGGAUUGUGGUAAAGCCUUCAGCCAGGCCUCCCAUCUUAUUCAACAUCACAGAAUUCAUACUGGAGAGAAACCCUAUAAAUGUAUGGAAUGUGGAAAGGCUUUUAGUGAUAGCUCAUCCUGUGCUCAGCAUCAGAGACUUCACAGUGGCCAGAGGCCCUAUGAAUGCUUUGAAUGUGGGAAGGCAUUCACAAGAAAGUCAUCCUUUAUUUAUCAUCAAAGAUGUCAUACUGGAGUGAAACCUUACAAGUGUAGUGAAUGUAAGAAAACUUUUACCCAGAGCUCAUCCCUUACUGUUCAUCAGAGAAUUCAUACUGGAGAGAAACCUUAUAAAUGUAAUGAAUGUGGAAAGGCCUUUAGUGAUGGUUCAUCCUUUGCACGACAUCAGAGAUGUCACACUGGCAAGAAGCCAUAUGAGUGCAUUGAGUGUGGGAAAGCUUUCAUACAGAACACAUCCCUCAUUCGUCACUGGAGAUAUUAUCACACUGGGGAAAAACCAUUUGAUUGCAUUGAUUGUGGGAAAGCCUUCAGUGAUCACAUAGGGCUUAAUCAGCAUAGGAGAAUUCAUACUGGAGAGAAACCUUACAAAUGUGAUGUAUGUCACAAAUCCUUUAGGUAUGGCUCAUCCCUUACUGUACACCAGAGGAUUCACACUGGAGAAAAACCAUAUGAAUGUGAUAUUUGCAGAAAAGCCUUCAGCCAUCAUGCAUCACUCACUCAACAUCAAAGAGUACAUUCUGGAGAAAAGCCUUUUAAAUGUAAGGAAUGUGGAAAAGCUUUUAGGCAGAAUAUACACCUUGCUAGUCAUUUGAGGAUCCAUACUGGGGAGAAACCCUUCGAAUGUGGGGAAUGUGGGAAAUCUUUCAGCAUCAGUUCACAGCUUGCCACUCAUCAGAGAAUUCAUACUGGAGAGAAGCCCUAUGAAUGCAAGGUUUGUAGUAAAGCAUUCACCCAGAAGGCUCACCUUGCACAGCAUCAGAAAACUCACACAGGAGAGAAACCAUAUGAGUGCAAGGAAUGUGGUAAAGCCUUCAGCCAGACCACUCACCUUAUUCAACAUCAGAGAGUUCAUACUGGAGAGAAACCCUAUAAAUGUAUGGAAUGUGGGAAGGCCUUUGGAGAUAACUCAUCUUGUACUCAACAUCAGAGACUUCACACUGGCCAGAGACCUUAUGAAUGUAUUGAAUGUGGAAAAGCAUUCAAGACAAAGUCAUCCCUCAUCUGUCAUCGCAGAAGCCAUACUGGAGAGAAACCUUAUGAAUGUAAUGCGUGUGGCAAAGCCUUUAGUCAUCGUCAAUCCCUUAGUGUACAUCAGAGAAUUCAUUCUGGGAAAAAACCUUAUGAAUGUAAAGAAUGUAGAAAAACCUUCAUCCAAAUUGGACACCUUAAUCAACAUAAGAGAGUUCAUACUGGAGAGAGAUCCUACAACUAUAAGAGAAGCAGAAAAGUCUUCAGGCAGACUUCACACUUUGCUCAUCAUCAGCGAAUUCCUACUGGAGAGUCAUCAACACGGCCUUCUUUACCUUCCACAUCAAAUCCUGUGGAUCUCUUUCCCAAAUUUCUCUGGAAUCCAUCCUCACUCCCAUCACCAUAG